AAAAUGUGGCAUUUUAUUCGAACGUGUUGGGUUGCGCAUAUCUGUUAGCAGUGCAAACUGUAUUUAUUUGUAUUACGAGCUAAAUGACAGUCGCUUUAUUCGUUACCCAAUCGUAGCUCGGAAAGGGCGGGGCGUUGGCAGGAGUCGCCAGAGGCGGUCCACAGGCGUUCGUUUUCAGUACCGCGGACAGCGACUCGCACUUCACUGCAGGAAAUCCUGAGAAGCAAAUUGCUCGUAUUGCCUACUGUAUGCUGGAUCUGCAACUCGACGCGAAGACUUAAAAUCCAGUGCACCAAUUCAAAGACGUCGUCCGUUUAAAGCUAGUGAAAACAAGCUUCUUGGACCUGCAGUCUUUUCUUUUUUCCCUGUGUGUGCGUGUGAUAGUGUUUGUGUGAGCGCACGCGUGUGUAAAUGCAUGUGAACGAGACCCCCUUUUCUUUGCUGAAGCAUUUAUGUUUUACAUGAGCAACGUUACGAACAUUGUUUACUUUCGGUUAUAUACCCAGUGAUCAUCGUCUAUUUUGCUUAUUUCCAUUCACCAUUGUGUUGUGAUUUUUGAAAUGUAUUGCUGAUUUCGGGGAUUUUAAGUUAGUGCUUGAUCAUGCAAAAAAUAAUUAACUUUCCUAGUUCAGUUUGAACUUUGUACAUCCAUGAUCCUGCAUUCGCAUUUUUCAUUAUCUUUUUAUUUGUUACACUUAAGAACAACCAUACGGACGUAUUUGGACCAAAAAAUCUAAUCAAGAUGAAGUCACUCCAUGACUUUAUGAAUUUUAUUUGGGAACAGAAGGGAGCGUAGAGGAGCGCGAGGCUGCAGGCACAGCUAACGUUGAAUUUCCGGAAGUUUUAGUUUAGACUUUGUCGACCUUCUUAUUAAUGUUAUUUCAGUUUGAUCGAUAAAAAUUUUUAGAUAGAAUUUGUAAUUGACAUUUGUAUGACAUUCCUUCAAAAUGAAGAAGUUCCGGAAGGUUUUGGACGGACUGACAACCUCUUCUCCAGUAAAUGUCGGUGGUACACCGCCUUGCAGUAGCGCGGCCAGUACUCCGACCACAGCGUCCACUCCCAGAGAAAUUGAAGUGCAGGAAACACUUGUAUCCGAAAACUUUCAAAUUUGCAAGACGGUUCGCCAUGGAUUUCCGUACCAGCCCACUGCUCUGGCGUUUGACCCCGUUCAGAAGAUACUGGCCAUCGGCUCCCGGUCCGGGGGCGUGAGAAUACUGGGACGUCCCGGCGUGGACUGCUACUGCCAGCAUGACAGUGGAGCGGCCGUCCUGCAGCUGCAGUUCCUCAUCAAUGAGGGGGCGCUGGUCACAGCCUGUGCGGACGACACGCUCCAUUUGUGGAACCUGCGACAAAAACGCCCGGCCAUCCUGCACUCGCUCAAAUUCACCAGAGAGCGCAUUACGUUCUGCCACCUGCCGUUCCAGAGUAAAUGGCUGUAUGUGGGCACGGAACGUGGGAACACGCACAUUGUUAACAUCGAGUCCUUCGUCCUGUCUGGAUACGUCAUCAUGUGGAACAAGGCCAUAGAACUAGCCACCAAAACACACCCCGGGCCCGUGGUCCAUCUGAGCGACUGUCCGAAGGAUGAAGGGAGACUGCUGAUUGGCUUUGAGAGCGGCACAGUGGUACAAUGGGACCUCAGGGUGAAGAAGGCUGAUUUCCGAAUCUACUAUGAUGAGGCCAUCCAUUCGGUCAGCUGGCACCACGAGGGGAAGCAGUUCAUGUGCAGCCACUCAGACGGGAGCCUGACCACCUGGAGCCUGCGCAACACCGCCAAGCCCUUCCAGGUCACCUUCCCCCACGGGAAGGUGCAGAGAGAUGGAAAGAAGCCAGAAUCCUGCAAGCCCAUCCUGAAGGUGGAGUUCAAAACCACAAGGAGCAGUGAGCCCUUCGUGAUCUUCUCUGGGGGACUGUCCUAUGACCAGGCGGGCAGGAGGCCCACCUUGACCAUCAUGCACGGCAAAUCCAUCACCGUGCUGGAGAUGGACCACCCCAUCGUCGACUUCCUGGUCCUCUGUGAGACGCCAUACCCCAAUGAGGUACAGGAGCCAUAUGCUGUUGCUGUGCUGCUGGAGAAAGACUUCAUUGUUGUGGACCUCACUCAGAGCAAUUUCCCCAUCUUUGAGAAUCCCUACCCCAUGGACAUCCAUGAAUCUCCUGUAACCUGCACGGCCUACUUCGCUGACUGCCCACCUGACGUCAUACCUGUCCUCUACUCCAUAGGAGCCAAACACAAAAAACAUGGCUACAGCCAAAAGGAAUGGCCAGUGGGCGGAGGGACAUGGACGCUGGGAAAUCAGACGUACCCAGAGAUCAUCAUCACAGGCCAUGCAGAUGGUUCCAUAAAGUUUUGGGAUGCUACUGCCAUCACCCUGCAGAUGCUGUACAAGCUGAAGAGCUCAAAGGUGUUUGAGAAGCAGAAGGCGGGGGAGGGGCGUGGGGCGGAGCUUGUGGAGGAGGACCCGUUCGCCGUUCAGAUGGUCAAGUGGUGCCCGCAGAGCCGGCUCUUCUGCGUGGUGGGAAUCUCCGCCCACGUCAUCCUGUACCGCUUCAGCCGGCACGACGCCACCACGGAGAUCACGUCUCUGGAGGUGCGGCUGCAGUGUGAGGUAGAGGAUGUCCUCUCCCCAUCAGAGACAGAGGCAACCCCCACCCCCUCAGACCCGAGCCCGCACUCGCCCCAACCCCCCCCAGCCAGCCCAAACAACACCCCGCCCGAGGUCCUCCGAGACAGCGUCCCCUGCCUCAGGGUGAAGAACAGGCCAGUGAGGAUGCCCCCAGGGUACCAGGCAGAGCUGGUGGUGCAGCUGCUUUGGGUGGACGGGGAGCCUCCCCAGCAGAUCACCAGCCUGGACCUCAACUCAGCCUACGGCCUGAUGGCUCUGGGUAACUGUAAUGGAUUGGCAGUGGUUGAUUACCUGCAGAAGAGCAUCAUCCUGUGCAUGAGCACGCUGGAACUGUACGGCUCCAGCGAUCCCUACCAGCGUCUCACACGCUCCCCCCGCAGGAACCGGCAGCUCACUGCAGACAGCAUUUGCAUGCGUGGCCUGUCUAACUUUUAUUCAGAUUCAAAGAAACGGAUCCGUACCUCCUACCAGAGCCUUACGGAACUCUCAGACAGCCAGGUUGCCCUGGAUAUGGAGAGGAGCAGGUCACCAACCUCAGUUCCAUACCAAUCCUCCCUCCACCCUGAGCCCCGCCCCCUCCCUGACCCAGCAGCUGGUCUGAGGCCCUCCCACUACAACCCCGUGUAUUACUUGCUAGACAAUGAUCAUGUAAACGGACACUGCACGAGCCCCACCUCCCAGUCCUGUGUUGCCGGGAAACCGCGUGCCCCCCCCAUUCCCGAGGGGCCGAGGCUGGGGGGCCGACGGGGGCCUAGCCGACCCCCUUUCCGGAAGGCCCAGUCUGCCGCUUGCAUGGAGAUCUCUUUGCCUGUUUCCCACACGGAAGGUUAUGCUUCCCGGCGGGCAAUGCUGCAGCAGUUACACGGAGUCAGUAUGUACUCUCACGAUGAGCACCACGUCACCGUGUACGCCUGGAACGAGAAAGAGAGCCGCGAGAACUCCUUCAGCCGCUCGCGGAGCUCCAGUGUCUCCAGCAUCGACCGCGAGACCAAGGAGGCCGUGACCACGCUGCACUUCAUGGAGUCCUACGCCCACAAGACGGACGCCGCGCCCACCCCCUGCCUGUGGGUGGGCACCAGCCUGGGCGUCGCCCUCGUCCUUGCCCUGUCUGUCCCUGCCCAGGAGGAGGAACGAUUGGAGGAGCCUGUCACCGUGACACCCAGCGGCAUAGUGCUGAUGCUAAAGGGGUCCGUGUUGAUGUUUGGCUCAUUGGACUGUGGGGGUGCUCUGAUCCCUGACCCGUACGAGGUGUGGAUGGACCCGCAUGCCCCAGAGGACCCCGACAGGCCCCGAAAGCGCAAGCUGGUGACUGCGUCGCCCGGCUCGUCCCAGGACAUGGCCGGAGAGGGCCACCUGGCGGUGGUGUGCUCGGAGCGGCAGGCCAAGGUCUUCCUCAUGCCGGCGCAGACCUGCCUGUUUGUCCACAACAUCACCGAGUCGUCCUUCGUCCUGCGGGCCGACGUGGUGUCCGUCUGCAGCAGCGUCGGCCUGGCCUGCUUCUGCGCCAACGGGCACAUCAUGAUGCUCAGCCUGCCAAGCUUGCGCCCCCUGCUGGAUGUAAACUACCUGCCUCUAACGGACAUGCGCAUCGCCCGAACCUUCUGCUUCACCAACGGGGGUCAGGCUCUCUACCUGAGCUCCCCCACUGAGAUCCAGCGCAUCACAUAUAGCCAGGAGAUGUGUGACAGCCUACAGGAGAUGUUGGGGGAGCUCUUUGUCCCGGUGGAGACCCCCGAGGUGCAGAACAGAGGCUUCCUCAAGGGCUUUUUUGGUGGGAACGCCCAGACCUUCGACAGAGAGGAGCUGUUCGGAGAGGCCGCGGCAGGGAAGGCAUCGCGGAGCCUGGCCCAGCACAUCCCGGGCCAGGCCGGGAUGGAGGGCAUGAAGGCCGCAGCCGGGGGGGUGGUGGGGGACCUGGCCCGCGCCCGAAUCGCUCUGGACGAGAGGGGCCAGAGACUGGGAGAGCUGGAGGAGCGCACUGCGCUCAUGAUGUCCAGCGCGGAGAUGUUCUCCAAGCACGCCCACGAGCUGAUGCUGAAAUGCAAGGAUAAGAAGUGGUAUCAGUUUUAAAGGGGGUGGAGUCUCCUCUACCUUCCGAGACCAGAACUCAGAGCAGGGAAUGGGACCUUCACUCCAACAGACGCACCGCGCUGCCUGUGCCUGCUAUUCCCAGCAGCACCCUGUGCAGGGUUUCCUGUGGGGGCGGAGCUGUUCUUCCCAGCAGCACCCUGUGCAGGGUUUCCUGUGGGGGCGGAGCUGUUAUUCCCAGCAGCACCCUGUGCAGGGUUUCUUGUAAGGGAGGACCUACUAUUCCCAGCAGCACCCUGUGCAGGGUUUCCUGUGGGGGCGAAGCUCAGCACAGAAUGAGGCUGUGGACAGAGGGUGUGGAGACAUGGACACAGACCGAGGAGGGGACUGUGAGACAGGACCUCACCUCCAUCUUCGUGCUGGACUAUAGUCCAACUGUCUGUACGGGGAUCCUCUCUCAAGAUGGACGGACACUCUGAAGCUAUAAAAUCAGUCCGAUUGCAUGAAACAAGGUGGAGGAAUUAUAUAUAUAUAUAUAAAUAUAAAAACUUAAAACUGCCAUAUUAGAAGCAGCAUGUUACUUCAGAUAAAGUUUUAUUUAAAUGUGUUAUAAACCAAUUACAAAAACGAACCAUAGAUAAAAAUAAAGCCCUUUCUAUUUUUUGAAAUAGCCAUAAAAAGAAUAAAAAAAAGAAAAUACAUAAAUGCAUAAAAGGCCAAAAUAAUCUUGGUCUGGUGGGUUUGUUUUUUAUGUUUUAAGAGUAACAUUUUAAACAGCAGCUGUUUUGCUACACAGUGCCACUAUACACACUCAAUGCUCUUUGCAAGAACAGACCCAGACUGGACAGACCGUGUGAGACUGUGUGAAACCUGGAUUUCACUUGGUUGCAGGUCAUUCAUUCUCUUGUUAUAUUGUUACACUGUCCACUUUAUUAAGCUGUCAUCAGAAAUUUUUGACUGCUGUUAAUUGUCAUUAACAUGGCUUCAGAAAAUGUUUAAUCCCCCGGCAAAAUAUUAUAAAAGUUGUUGUAAAUAUACAGUCUUGAAACCAAAGGUGAUGAAGAGUAACUGUUUUGUUACCAGAGAUUUCUAAACAUAAUCAAAUUUAAUGUGCCAUAACAUCGAGGGGCGGUCGAUACAUGUAAACUAGCAAAUGGUGACGUGGUAGAAGUAAUGCAGUUCCUAUGGAUUUAAAUAGCCAAUCACUCAAGCUAGCCUUUAAUGAACGUCUGUUUACGUUUUGGUUUUGUUUGUCACAAACUUUAUUUCUUUAUCCAUUGUUUUUCCUGCUGCCUUUCUUACAUGUAGCAAGUUUGGUGAGUAGGUCUGUUUCACCCAAGUCAAUGAAAAACGCAUUUGUCUGCCAAAGCAAUUAACAUGAAUGACAGGAAUUAGGAGUAUAUUAUUCAAUAUUCUUGUGAGAUGGUCAGGCAUUUCAAAAUCAAUGGUGUCAUUCAGAGUUAUGUUUGAUUGUGUUUUAUCAUUAAUGAUUGUGCUUGCCUGCUGCUUAUUCAUUUAUAUCCAUUACAUCAGCAUGGGGAAGUUUGUAGGUGCCAUUUUAAUGGAUAUAUACAGUACUACAUAUAUACACUGAUCCUAUUUCUUAAAUACAAGAUAUAUUUCUAAUAUCUGAGAAAUAUGAGUUGAAUAUAUGAAUUUGUAUGUAAAUGGAAGGCAGUGGUGAGGAAAAUGGCAACCACAGACGCUGCAGUCUGCAUAGAUACACAUUUGGCUCUAUGCUCUCUUAUCAGAGGUUUUGUGUGCGGUUGUUUCGGUUUUGCACAUAUCACAUGUAGAUUCUCAGAGAGAUAAGCCCUUCUCCCAUAGUUCAUGGUGAUAACCGUGAAACUGUAAAUGUUUGUGAAUAGAAUGUUCGAUAAUAUCUGUAAUGUAUAUGUUGAACAGAUCAAUAUUAGUGCAUCAUGUGUUUAAUCUCCAAUGAGGAGUGAUUUUGGCACAAGUACACGAUAGAAUUUGUUUGCAAAUGAUCUAAAAGUGAAAAUGUCUUUUAUCCGAAGGUCUAAAAUGGCUGAAAGCAUUACAGUGCCCCACACCCCCACCCUUUUGACCAAAAUAAUAAUAAUAAAUAAUCCAAAGGAACUAUCAGAAAUGAUAAAAACCACUAUGACCCCCAAUUUAUACAUUUUACACAACUCUGGACCACACACACCCUGAGCAUUAUCACAACCCUUUUUGUUUCUGAUUCAACCUUACGGGUCCUCAAAUGAAACACAUUAUGGUUUAUAGGUACUUACAGAUACCACAUUCUCUUUCAUGGACAUUACAGCAUGACUCAUAGGCUUUUAAACGAAGAUAUAAACCUUUACUUGAUUCCUGCCAAACCAGAGCAAUAGCUCUCCUUAACUCCACAGAUCACAUACAGGCUUGGUUUGAGAUGGUAUGCAGCGGGCAGUCUGUUGUACUCCUUAAUGAAAAAGAGAACAGUGACCUUGCUUCUGCCCCUGUGUUCUCAAUGAGCUGUAGACUCGCUGUGUCACAGUCUGUGGUGGCUAUCUGUGACAAUAACAAUAGACUGGGUGUUUCUCUUGAUAUUUUCAGUAAUAGAGUGUAAAACAUGGGGAAUUGAGAAUUACAUUUCUCAGGAUUGUCCUAUAUGGCUAAUGUUCCCGUUUAUGAAUGGUAUCAUACCUGAUAUUCCGGAUUCUAUGAAAGUCACUGAAACGGGAUCUCUGUCUGUAGUUGCAUUAAUGGCUCAUUACCUGGUUUCAUGCAAAAUUUCAACAAAGGUUUGUCUUGUUUAACUGGAUUCUGACAUCUUCUGUUCUUGUUGAUAUUAUAGUAGUGUAAUAGAGGUUACUCAAAUUAUGGAAAUAUGUUGAUGCAGAUUAAAGCAAAAUAAACAUAGAUUGAUGUACACUCUU